CAAACUUUUGCUCUGUAUGCAUAAAUUUCAGCAAAUUUCUUUCCCAGUAUCAUUUCCUAAUUUCAUCUCAAGGUUUUUAUUUUGGUCGUCCCCAUUUCGCCUCUUUGAUUCUGCAUCCCAAUAAACAAAUCGAACCCAGAUUUCUUUCCAUUCUAGUUAUCUACUUUUUCUCAACUGCGAAUUGUUUAAGCUCCCAAGAAAACAAACCAACAAUCUUCUGAUCGUUUGAUAUCAAUUAAAAAAGAUUGCGUUUCUUGAUUGAUGGCGGCGACUGCAAACCCUGCUGUAAGUAAGAACGGUUCAACAAGCAACGCAAAUGGCGCUGCCACCACCAUUAAUAACGUUAGCAACGGCGGCCGUGCAGCCGUGCGGGAGAAUUCCGCGGUGUUUUCUUCUGAGCGUGGGUUGCUGCACAACAUUGUAAUCUCAACGGACUGGACUCGUAAGGAACAGUCCUUGUUGGAAGAACUACUCGUCAAAUAUGCCUCAGAUCGUAGAGACUUGCGUUAUGGAAAAAUUUCAAAGGAAUUGCACGACAAAACAUUCCGGGAUGUGGCCUAUCGUUGUCAAUGGAUGACUAAAAAGGAAAUUGGCAAGAGAAGGAAAGCCGAGGAGAGUUUAUCAAGGAAGCGGAAUACUAAAAGGGAAAAAUAUACAGAACAACAAGUGAAGCCAUCUUCUCAUGCUGCAAAUCAUGCCAAUGGUCUUCCAUCAUCAUCAUCCUCCAUAAACAAUGAUGAUGGCAUCAAUUACAAUGUUAUUGGUGGUGAGAUAGGGAGGCUUCUUGAACAGAAUGACAAGGCUUUGGAUCAAAUUUCUGCAAAUUUAUCUGCUCUGAAGUUACAUGAGAACAUCAAUCUUCUUUGCCAAACAAGAAACAACCUCGAGAAACUCUUGACUGAGUUAAAGUACAUGCCAGAGGUAAUGAAUCAGAUGCCACCACUAAAUGUGAAGCUUAACGAGGAACUUGCCGAGUCUAUACUUUGCGGAUGCAAUCAUGAAUUUUGUGACCCGCAUAGGUUCUUGUGAUUAUGAUCUGGAAGCAGCAGAUAGCAAGGAUGAGUUCAUUUUCUGGUUUUUGGUUAUCUGGAUUCUUGUUGGUUUGUUUUUGGGUUAGAUUAAUCGUUAAUGCUUGUUAAUGUGGAGAGAGUUAUAUUGGAAGGAUUUUUAGUGUGUGUAAAUAUGAUAGGGGUGAGUUCAUUCAAUACAUGGGUACAAAACUAAA